GUAUACUGUAGGGUGCGCCCACUGAGCUUUCCUGAUCAAGAGUGUUGCAUAGAAGUGAUCAAUAAUACAACUGUUCAGCUUCAUACUCCUGAGGGUUAUAGACUUAACCGAAAUGGAGAUUUUAAGGAGACUCAAUAUUCAUUUAAACAAGUAUUUGGCACGCACACUACCCAGAAGGAGCUCUUUGAUGUUGUGGCUAGUCCCUUAGUAGAUGACCUCAUUCAUGGCAAAAAUGGUCUUCUUUUUACGUAUGGCGUGACAGGAAGUGGAAAAACUCACACAAUGACUGGUUCUCCAGGGGAAGGAGGGCUGCUUCCUCGUUGUUUGGACAUGAUCUUUAACAGCAUAGGGUCAUUUCAAGCUAAACGAUACUUUGCAGAUAUGAUAAAUGUUCAAGAAUUCUGCAAAGCUGAAGAGGUUGAUGAAGAUAGUGUCUAUGGUGUAUUUGUUUCUUAUAUUGAAAUAUAUAAUAAUUACAUAUAUGAUCUGUUGGAAGAGGUGCCAUUUGAUCCCAUAAAACCUAAGUGGAACAGUUGCAGCACACCCAUGAGGAACACAGAUUUUGUACCUCCACAAUCUAAAUUGCUUCGUGAAGAUAAGAAUCAUAACAUGUAUGUUGCAGGAUGUACAGAAGUAGAAGUGAAAUCUACUGAGGAAGCUUUUGAAGUUUUCUGGAGAGGCCAGAAAAAGAGACGUAUUGCUAACACCCAUUUGAAUCGUGAGUCCAGCCGUUCCCAUAGUGUAUUCAACAUUAAAUUAGUUCAGGCUCCCUUGGAUGCAGAUGGAGACACUGUCUUACAGGAAAAAGAACAAAUUACUAUAAGCCAGUUAUCAUUGGUGGAUCUUGCUGGAAGUGAAAGGACUAACCGGACCAGAGCAGAAGGGAACAGAUUACGUGAAGCUGGUGAGCAAAGCAUAGUACUUAUUUAUUGUUACAGCUUUCAAAAACUUGUAAUGCCGGUUUAUUAUGUACUUUUCAGUGGGAGGUUUAA